AUGUCAGGGUUAGGUGAAUCACGUACAGAGCUAUUAAGUUGGUUAAACGACCUUUUGCGACUUGAUUACACGAAAGUGGAACAAUGUGGUACCGGUGCGGCAUACUGUCAAAUAAUGGAUUCAAUCUACGGAGAUUUGCCAAUGCAUCGUGUCAAAUUUGAUGCAAGGGCAGAAUAUGAAUCGCUUACGAACUUUAAGAUUCUACAGAGUUGUUUUACCAAACAUAAGAUUGAAAAGACUGUUUUUGUAGACCGUUUGGUAAAAUGCAGAUUUCAAGACAACUUGGAAUUUUUGCAAUGGUUAAAGAAAUUUUGGGCCCAGAAUAAGGAUGAAUCGAUGUAUGAUCCUGUGUCGAGGCGGAAGUCAGCGAGGCCGCUAAGUAUGCGAGGGCCAGUGUCGGUACAGCAGGCUGCAGUUCAACCUGCACAUAAGAGACGAAGCUUGGCGAGCUAUCCGUCAUCGAAUACUGCAGGUAUGUCAUCAGCUGGCUCGAAUGCUAAGCUGAUGCAGAAAGUUAGACAGAAUGGUGUGAACAGCAUUGCAGGCAAUAAUGGGGGUAACGAAGCAGGGUUAGGGAUAGGUGUGGUAGCGGCUACACGUGUUUCGUCUGGAGGCACUAGAAGGCCGGCUCCAAUCGCCCAAUCUCCUUUAGCGAACGAGCAAAUGGCAGCUCUCAAAGCUGAAUUGAGAACUGCAAAUGGUAAGAUAGAAAAAAUGAAUGAAGAUGUUACUCAAUUUCAGGAUGCCAUUACUAUUAUGGAAAGAGAACGUGAUUUUUAUUUUGGGAAGUUGAGAGAUAUAGAGAUUCUUGUGCAGUCCACACAUGAUCUCUUUAAGGAGGGAGUUUAUAAUGAUGAUCCCCAGGAAUUGAACAGACUAAUAGGCAAAAUUAAUCAAAUAUUAUAUUCUACAGAAGAGGGUUUUGAAGGGAAUCAUAGCAUAGACGGCAGUGAGGGGAUAGAAGAUGCUGGUGAAAGGGUUUUAGGGCAUGUUACAGACGGCGUUCCACCUGCUCAAAACCUCAUCACUGAUGAUGAAACAUUCUAA